UAGGGACCUGGGGUGGCACCAUCCCGCUAGGGGUGCUCCCAGCUGUGAAUGGCGGGGUCGGUGGCGAGCCGCGGACGAUGUUCGCCCUCCUGGGUGUGGUGACCCUGGUUCUGGUCGCCGGGGAGCCAUGGGUGCUGCCCGCAGCCGCAGGGGGGACGCGGCUGAAGCCUCCGCAGAGUGUGGAAGUGGACAUCGUGGACGAGACCUUCACCCUGCGCUGGAACAGGAGCCUGGAGCCUGCCGGGUCCGCUGGCAACACCACCUUCUCCGCAGACUACCAGAUACCCGGGACUAUGAAUAAUUGGAUAAAAUUGCCUGGGUGUCAGUAUGUUACUGGCACCAAAUGCGACUUUUCUUCACUCAAGAUAAAUGUUUAUGAAAAAAUUAAAUUGCGAAUAAGAGCAGAAGAAGGAAACAGGACUUCUCCAUGGCAUGAGCUUGACGCGUUUAUACCGUUUCAACAAGCUCAGAUUGGUCCUCCAAAAGUAUAUCUAAAAGCUGAAGACAAGGCAAUAACAGUAAACCUGUCUCCUCCUGGGACGAUAAACAGCAUCAUGUGGGGCCUGGACAGGCUAAACUUUGUGUACAGCGUGGUCAUCUGGGAUAGCUCGUCAGGUGAAACCAAAAAGUAUACGGCUUUUUACCCCGAGAUUAAAGUUGGCUCUCUCUCACCAGAGACGACUUACUGUGUGAAAGUGAAGGCAACCCUGCCCCUGCAGGGGAACUUUGCCACGUACGGACCCACGCAGUGCGUGAACACCACAGUUGAAAACGAACUGCCUCCUCCAGAAAACAUACAAGUCGUUUCGGAAGUGCAGGCCUUUGUUCUCAAAUGGGAGUACACGCGUGAGAACGUGACUUUUCGAGCUCAGUGGCUCCCUGCCUAUAUGAAAAAGUUUCCUGGAAACAAUUCAGAGAAAUGGACACAAGUACCGAACUGCGAGCACGUCAGCACCGCGCAGUGUGUGCUGCCUCGCGACACGUCCGGGGUGGGCAUCUACUUCGUCCGCGUGCAGGCGUCCAGGGGCAACGCCACCUCUCCGUGGUCCGAGGAGGAGAAGUUCGACGUCGACAGACUGACUGUCAUCCCGCCUCCGGUCGUGACCGUGAAGCCCGUGAACAGCUCCUUGCGCGUCUACCUCGGCUCUCCGAACGGGUCUGCGUUCCAGCACCACCCGCUCACCUACGAAGUUUUCUUCUGGGAAAACACUUCGAAUGCAGAGAGGAAAAUUGAAGAGAAAAGAACCGAUUUCACGAUCCCGAGCUUGAAGCUGCUGACGGUGUACUGCGUGCGAGCCCGCGCACUGCUGGAGGACGGCGUGUGGAGCCGGGCCAGCGGCUUCAGUGACCCCGUGUGCGAGAAGACAAGGCCAGGACCUGCUCCCAGAACCUGGCUCGUGGGGGGGGUCAUUGCUGCGAUCGCUGUGCCGCUUGUCCUUUGCAUGGUGGCCGCCCUCGUGAAACUGACCAGCUACGUGUUCUUCCCAUCAAGCAAACCUCCCUCCACCAUCGACGAGUAUUUCCCUGAACAGCCGCUGAAGAACCUGUUGCUUUCCACUUCUGAGGAACAGACCGAAAUAUGUUUUAUAAUCGAAAAUACAGAUACUGUCUUUACAGAGGAAACUGGUCAAAUUGACCAGGAUCACAAAACAUACAGUUCCCAAACCAGUCAAGACUCGGGACACUACUCCAACGAAGACGAGAACAGUGGCAGCAGAGAGGACGACGACCUCGGGCAGCCAGAGCCCGGGGCCGCCCCGCGCGCGAAGUAGCCGGAGUCGGUGGCUCAGCGCGAGCCGAGCCCGCCCCCACCAGGACGUCGGGAGGAGCCUGCUGUGGGACAAGGAGCAUCCUCGGAUCACGGUCCUAAAAGCACAGGCAAGCACUUACCCUGUUU